AUGAGGCAACAAGGAAAAGGAGGGUGGAUACCGGUUGUUAGAGAUAGGGGCGGAUCAGGACCAUGGAGGUCGGAAGGGAGUGCAGGUGUUUUCAAUGUGUUAGUGGAUAACUUACCAGCAUCUCUGAACCCAAAAGGCCUAUACAAUCUAUUUACAAAGUUUGGAGUGGUAAUUGAUGUCUUUAUACCACAAAAAAGGCACAGGAUGACUAACACAAGGUUUGGAUUUGUGAGGUUUGGUUGUUCUGUGGUAGCUAAUAUAGCUGUCCAGAAAGCAAAUGGGUUAUGGGUGGACGAUCGAUCCUUACAGGUAAAACAUACAGAGUUUGGGAAGGACAAGGUUAGGGGUGAAGUUGAAAAGAUGCCAUUACGUAACCAAGUACAGGGAUCAGUAGUCUAUGUUGAUAAAAGGGGGAGACGCUCCAAUUAG